AUGGCUUCCCUUCCAUGCAUCUUUCUGGUCCUCUGUCUCUCCAAUGCUCUUCUCAUGAGCUCAUCAUCCCCGGUCUUUGCAGCAGCAGAUGACGAUAAGAAGGAAUACAUCGUGUACAUGGGAGCGCUUCCUUCAGAGACCCAUUACUCGCCCAUGUCUCACCAUCUUAGUCUCCUUCAAAGAGUUGUCGGGUUAAAUUUCGUCAGAGAUUCUCUUGUCAGAAGCUAUGGAAGAAGCUUCAACGGUUUUGCCGCUAAGCUCACCAAAGCUGAAAGCAAGAAACUUGCUGGCAUGGAAGGGAUAGUUUCUGUCUUUCCAAGUAGAGUUUACCAGCUUCAUACAACGAGAUCUUGGGAUUUCAUGGGAGUAGACGACGAGAUCAAACGUGCCCCCGAGGUGGAGACUAACACGAUAAUCGGCGUCAUUGACAGCGGAAUCUGGCCAGAAUCUCCGAGUUUCUCGGACGAAGGCUUAGGUUCUCCGCCCAGCAAGUGGAAAGAUCUAUCGGUUUUUGGGUACUCAAUCUCAUGGGUACCCGGACUGUUGGUUCAAGUAGAUAUCAAUAUAAAAUUAUCAUUAAUACUCUUGUCAAUCCGGACAACGGGUACCCGAGUCUCUCGAGACCGAGGUCGAGGCCGGAUACCCCUAGAAACAAAGAUAGAUUUGCUUAUCUUCUCAGCUAACUGCAGCAAGGUGAUCGGAGCAAGGCAUUACGUUCUAGAUUCUACGAGGGACUUUGAAGGUCAUGGGACUCACACAGCGUCCAUAGCCGCCGGGAACAAAGUAGAAGACACGAGUUUCUACGGCUUAGCACAAGGCACAGCAAGAGGAGCCAUACCUUCGGGGAGAAUCGCUGUAUACAAAGUGUGUGAGCCCGCAGGUUGCAACGCCGCAGCCAUCUUGAAGGCGUUCGAUGAUGCUAUAGCCGAUGGCGUCGAUAUCAUAACGAUAUCUAUAGGGGGAGGAGUCGCUCCUUUCCAUGAAGAUCCUCUCGCCAUCGGAGCUUUUCACGCCAUGGAGAAAGGGAUUGUGACGGUAGCUGCUGCAGGUAACAGCGGUCCAAAUCUUGGAACGGUUGCUAAUUUCUCUCCGUGGAUUCUAACCGUUGCAGCCGGUAACACCGAUCGAAAAUUCGUUACCAAGGUUGUCACCGGAGAUGGCAUGACUUUACUCGGAAAAUCGAUUGAUAGUUUCGAUCUGAACAGGCAAAUAUACCCUUUUGCAUAUGGGAAAACCGCUUCGAGUAUAUGUACUGAGGAACAAGCUAGAGCUUGCGUUAGCGAUUGCUUGGACAUGGUGAAGGACAAGAUCUUGGUGUGUGAUGGAUACGGCGGCGUUGAGAAACCUAAAAAUCUCGGAGCCAUUGGAAUUAUUAUCCAUCUCGUUACGGAUAGUAUCGAUAUCGGAACUCUUCCCAUCUCCCUUUUAGACGACAACGACUACAACACGCUCAUAUCUUACAUUACCUCCACAGAAAAUCCAGAAGGAACCAUAAUGAAAAGCGAGGUCACUAAUGAUGCCAAAGCUCCUCUCGUCGCUUCCUUCUCCUCUCGGGGCCCGAACCCUGUCGUCGACGACAUAUUGAAGCCGGAUAUAACAGCUCCGGGGGUGAAUAUACUGGCGGCUUAUCCGGCCGUGGCCCCACUCUCGGGCGAUAAGGACGAUACACGAAGGGUAGAUUACCGUUUUCUCUCAGGGACAUCGAUGGCUUGCCCUCAUGUCGCUGGAGCAGCCGCCUAUAUCAAGACGCUCCAUCCCGACUGGUCGCCUUCCUUCAUCAGAUCAGCUAUCAUGACAACCGCUCGACCGAUGAUAGCUUCUGACAACCAAGGAGCUGAGUUCGCGUACGGGUCAGGAUACAUCAAUCCAGUGGGAGCUGCUAAUCCUGGACUUGUCUACGAAGCAACAAAGGAGGAUUACUUGACAAUGCUCUGCGCGAUGAACUUCACCAGUGAAUCUAUCAAGAUCAUCUCCGGCGAAGACAUGAACUGCACUCAAGGAUCGAAUCCGAUGGUCCGAGACCUGAAUUACCCAUCACUGACGGCCCGAGUUUUUCCCUCCCCGUCUUCUGAAAUCACGUUUUCGAGGACUUUGACGAACGUCGGGACAGCGAAAUCCGAGUACAAGGCUCAAGUGACUUGGGAUCCGAGUCUGAGCGUAAAGGUUGAGCCUGAGACACUCUCUUUCAAAGCGUUGGGAGAGAAGCAGUCGUUCAAAGUCACUGUCUCAGGGAACAGUCUCUCGAGCAUUUCUGGUCUUGCCUCUGCAUCUCUUGUUUGGUCUGAUGGCUCUCAUGUCGUGAGAAGUCCUAUUGUUGUUUACUCUUAACACAAUACAUAUAUAUGUAUUUGUAUCUCCAAAAGCUCUUACAGAGAGAGAAUGAAGAACCGGUGAUUAUGUUUUCGACCUUUUCCGGAGUCCAACUGCUCAACUAAAACGGAAAAUCCCGUCCUUUCGUCAAUCUCCUUCUUCGUUUCCUCGACACAGCUCUUCAAUGUCCAACCUCGGAGAUCAUCGAUCAUUGAUCACGAUUAACAGAAUUCGCUGGACCAGAAUCAGCUCCAAUAUCAAACAGAAACCGCCCAAUCGCCAUAUGAACUGUUUUCGAGCUACCUUUUUGCACGACGUUUUUGAAACAACUGAUAGC